UAGCGUCUGUCUGUUAACAGCAGGAAUUACACACUGUGAGAGAGAGACACACACACACACAACCCCAGGCUCCUCCGCCUGGUCCGCUUGGAGAGAACGACACGUCCAACCGCCUCAAACACUCUCGCUCUCACACACGCGCACAGGCACGCAUGUGUGCAGUCGAGCAGCCACCUCUAGCUAGAAGCGCACAGGGACACACACAUUCUCACAUUAUUCCAACUCACUGAGGGACAUCCUCUCUCUCUCUCUCUCUCUCUCUCUCUCCCACCCCAUUUCUUUUCAGCCACUCGCUCUCUGCUCUCCGUCUCUCUCCCGCCAGGCUAGUUCACUCUGCCUGUCUGCGGAGCAAGUUUGUGUGUGUGAAAAGGCGGGGUGAAUCAAGACGUAUCUAUUAAUAGCCGUACAGUGAAAGGGGAUGGAGAGAGGACCGGACAGUGGCACGGCUAACGGCAGCGGCGGCGUUGCCUGAGGUGGAGGACCCCUGCUCUCGUUCACCGGGACUUUUGUUUGCCUUGCUGCACACAUCCACACCUGAGAGGAUGGAGCUAUUCCCAGGGGCGUCCGGAGAGAGCUGCGCCUGAGGACGGAGUGCCUGGGAGUCGCUUGGCAUUGGAGACGCUCUCAGUAUUUUUGGAUGUCCUGAGAAGCCUGCCAAGUCAACAUUCAAGAGUUCAACAUCUCCAUCCCCCAUCCCCAACCCCACUCCCAGCCCCCUACCGGACUCUCUUGUUGGCUGAUUCCCCUCUGGUGUUCCUUUUCUCUGUUUUUUUUUCCCCUCCUCUGAGCCCUCCCUCUCUUUCCCUUGGGUUUGUGCUGUGUGCGGGGUUGGCCAUUUGUGUCUGCUAGCACAACACUUCAGCUCGCGUUGGAAAGGAGCUUAUGUGGAUUGCCCCGCAAUGGAAUGUAGUCGGCUGGCUGCAGGACCAGAGAAGCAGUCUCUUUCCCCGGGUCUUUUGCCUGUAGACUGCUUUUGUCCUGCUCGCGCUGGGGACCCGCACCGCCCUGGGUGUCUGGAGUGAGUCGGAGUCGCUCUGCGUUGUAUCAACUGCCCUUCUGCUUCUGUCUGGACAGCCCCGCUGUACCCCAGAGUUCAGGAUGCGCCGCUUUGACAAACUCAAAAAGUCUUUCCCUUUCCUCGCACAUUUCCAUGUGUACAAAAAGCUGGGGAGUAGCAUGCAGUGUGAGGAGGGCACAGAAUGGCUGCUGGAGCUCCUGAUGGAGGUCCAGCUGCAGCAGUACUUCCUGCGGAUCCGCGAUGACCUCAACGUCACUCGGCUCUCGCACUUUGACUAUGUGAAGAAUGAAGACCUGGAGAAGAUUGGCAUGGGCCGACCCGGCCAGAGGCGACUGUUGGAGGCCGUCAAGCGCAGGAAAACCCUCUGCAAGCGCAAAUCCUGGAUGAGCAAGGUGUUCAGCGGGAAGCGGCUGGACGGGGACUUCCAGCCGCAGCCGGCGGCCACCACCUUCCGGAAGCUGUCUCCCACUGCGCCGCCACUGGAGGUCCAGCAGCAGCAGGUGCUCACAUGCCUAGUCAGCGAGAAGGACCUGGGCCUGUUCGAGAAGCUGGGCGACGGCUCGUUCGGCGUGGUCAAGCGCGGCGAGUGGCUAACCCCGUCCGGAAGAGUGAUAAAUGUGGCGGUGAAGUGUCUGAAGACAGACGUGCUGAACCAGCCUGACGCCUUGGAUGACUUCACCCGCGAGGUCAACGCUAUGCACUCUCUGGACCACCAGAACCUCAUCCGCCUCUACGGCGUUGUCCUCACACACCCCAUGAAAAUGGUGACGGAGCUGGCCCCUCUGGGCUCGCUGCUGGACCGGCUGCGGAAGCACCAGGGCCACUUCCUCAUCUCCACGCUGUGCCAGUACGCUAUCCAGAUCGCCAACGGCAUGGCCUACCUGGAGUCCAAGCGCUUCAUCCACCGCGACCUGGCUGCGCGCAACAUCCUGCUGGCCUCAAGCGAGCAGGUCAAGAUCGGCGACUUCGGCCUGAUGCGUGCACUGCCCCAGAACGACGACCACUACGUCAUGCAGGAGCACCGCAAAGUCCCCUUUGCCUGGUGUGCUCCUGAGAGUUUGAAGACGCGCACCUUCUCUCACGCUACUGACACCUGGAUGUUUGGAGUGACUCUGUGGGAGAUGUUCACGCAUGGACAGGAGCCCUGGCUUGGCCUCAAUGGCAGCCAGAUCCUCCAUAAGAUUGAUAAGGAGGGGGAGCGUUUGCCUAAGCCAGAGGACUGCCCUCAGGACAUCUAUAACGUUGUGCUGCAGUGCUGGGCCCCCAAGCCUGACGACCGACCCACCUUUGCAGCCCUGCGAGAGUUUCUGGUGGAGACCAUGCCAACAGAUAUGAGAGCGCUACAAGAUUUCGAUGAGCCAGACAAACUGCAUAUUCAAAUGGAUGACGUCAUCACCAUCAUUGAGGGCAGAGCUGAGAACUACUGGUGGAGGGGCCAGAACAAGCGCUCUCUGAAGAUGGGUCAGUUUCCCAGGAACGCGGUGACCUCGGUGGCCGGCCUGUCAGCUCACGACAUCAGUCGACCUCUCAAGAACAGCUUCAUCCACACAGGCCACGGAGACACCAACCCCCAGCGCUGCUGGGGCGCGCCCGACAAGAUUGACGAUCUGUAUUUAAGUAACCCGAUGGACCCACCAGAUGUGCUGGGCCUGGACUUGAACACAGCUAGACCUACACAGCUCCCUGGAAGAGCGAGAAAGCCCUGUUACGAUGCUGUGGCGGAGGAUGAUGAUGUGAGUGUGUCAGGUCUGAGAAAGCUGUCCCUGAAAAAACCUGUGGUGAAGGGACUCAAGCUCAAACCAGCCGCAUGGGUCACGGCUACCAAGUUUGGGGAGCGCUCCCCAUACGGUGCGAGGACGCCCGGAGGUGGCCUGUUCACCGAGGUGUCGCUCAUAGACUUUGGGGAGGAGUUCCCCCCAGCCACGCCGUCGCUCCCCGUCAUGGACGCCCACAUGGCCUCUCUGGCCAAGCUGGCUCUGGAGGCCGAGUCUCUCCUGGACAGGACCCCCCCUCAGAGCCCCUCGCGGUCACUGCCCCGGCCCUUGCACCCGACCCCCGUGGUGGACUGGGACGCCCGACCCCUGCCCCCGCCGCCGGCGUACGACGAUGUGGCUCAGGACGAGGACGACAUCGAGGUGAGCUCCAUCAACGGCAUCGACCCUGAGGAGCCAGGUCAAGGUCAAGGUGACGACUACGAACGUAACGGCAGCUCGCCCUGCGGAGAGGGCCCAGAUGAGCGGACCUGCGUGGAGGACAACCUCUUCCUGCCGAGUCGGCGCGCCCAGGGCUCCAACUUCUCACAGUCGGCCGAGAUCUUCCAGGAGCUGCAGCAGGAGUGCAUGAGGAGGCUGAACGCGCCUCGGGGGACAGGCCCUCCGAGCGCCGUAACAAGCCCCAGCCCUGACGUCCACCGCCAGAUCGUCCUGUCCGCCGCCAGCUCCGACGAGCGACCCCAAAUCCCGCCCCGCGUCCCCAUCCCCCCGCGCCCGCUGCCCAUCAAACGCGGCUCGGACUUCGCCCGCUGGUCCGGCGAGGUGUCAGCCGACGACGAGCAGGAGUGCCCACCUCAGAUCCCUCCCCGGGAGCCGCUCUCGCAGCCGGGCUCACGCACGCCCAGCCCCAUGCCCGCACUCCUCGUGGGCUCCCCUCAGCUGCGAGGCCUGGCCGUGGGCACCGGCGCCAGCACCACGGGCUCCACCUACCUCUCCACCUCCCCGGGCAAACUCAUGCCCACCACGCAGAGCUUCGCCUCCGACCCCAAGUAUGCCGCGCCUAAGGUCAUCCAGGCCCAAGGCAAGCACAAGGAGGCAAGCAAAGGGCCCUGCAUCCUGCCCAUUGUGCGCGACGGCAAGAAGGUGAGCAACACACACUACUACCUCCUGCCCGAGCGGCCACCCUACCUGGACCGUUAUGACAAGUUCCUGAAGGAGGCGGACGGGCCGGACGAGCGGCGGCAGCUCAACACUGCCACCGUCAGGCCCAUGGUCCAGCUGCAAGCCCAGCCCCAGCAGCUGCAGCAGGGCGAGUUCAAGGUGAACUUCUCGUCCAACAACAACAGCACCCUGGCAGGCUGCGGGGCAGGCAGAGGGACAGUGAAGAGCUCUCUCGGCCUGGCGAGGCUGGGCACAGAAGGGCCGGCCCCCGGGACCACCACAGACCGCGUCCGACAGGUGCAGGAGGCUGUGCACGGGGUGACUAUAGAGGAGUGCCAGACGGCCCUACAGAAUCAUGGCUGGAGCGUGCAGAAGGCCGUGCACUACCUGAAGGUGGAACAGCUCUUCUGCCUGGGGCUGAAGUCCCGAGUGGAAUGUCUUAACCUCCUGGAAAUGUUUGACUGGAACUUGGAGAUGGCGAGCACGCAGCUGCUGGACUCCUACGGCGCAGUGAAGCAAAGGCGAUGACGAUCCUCCAGACUGAGGGGUCGUGUCCCCCUCAUGUUCUCCAUGUGGUCUCCACCUGCCGGAGGCGGCCACUGCUGUGAAGCUGUCUUCACUGGCCGGCGUGGGCCGGCAGCACGAGACGUUUGGACUUGUGGUGCCCCUACCCCGCCGCGAGCAUCAGAGGAUAAACAUCCAGCACACUGCCUGCCACCUCCUUUCCUCACAAGGCUGUUAGUUCACUCUGCACAAGCGUGUGUAUGUAUGUGUGUGUGUGAGGGAGAGGGGUACUGCUGCGACUAUUCUUUUGUUUUUGUCCAGAGUCUCCCCCACUGAGUCUGACCCCCUGCUGCAGGGCAGUCAGCCCGCUGCUGCGCUCCAGCAGGAAGCAAACUUUGACCAGCCCAGUUUCUUGUCCCGGGAGGAGAUUAGUACCGAAUCUAGAACAGCUGGUUCAUUUGAUUUGACCUGUUUUUCCCUGCCUUUCAGAGUUGUAUAUGUUAUGCAGGAGAGAGAUUUACAGAGAUUUAUAGGAGUAUGUCUGUUCAUAUAAAUAUGUGAAGGUAGUUUUUGGUUUUGAGUUUAUAUAUAUUUACGUCAUAUGCGUUCUGAUCAUCUGUCUUUUAAAAGUACGACAAUUUAUCUGGUGUAUUGUGAAAAAGACGACGUUGGCCCCAUGGAAGUGUUAAGUUAUAACGUUGAAAGGUUUUUAUUUUGUGUGAUUUUUUUUAUGUGAGGAGCCUGUCUGUUUGCCUGCGCUCCAUGUUGCUCUGUUUCCACACUGCUCCUGUAACCUGAUGCACUCCUCUCUCUCAGCACCAACAUCUCCCAACUCUCAAUUCCUCUUCUCUUCUCUUCUCACGUUCUUGCUCCAUAUUUUCCCCCCUACUAAUUGAAACCCCUCAGUUACUUAGGGCUGCUCUUUUUAUGUUACAGUAUUCAAAUUUGUACACAAAAGCAAAUGCCAGCAUUGCUCUAUUGUUCUACCGAAGUAUGUCCAAGCACAAUAAUAAUUGUUCAGACUACAAAUGCGCUGCUUACUUUAGUUUUCGUUGCUGUUGCACCUGAGGCUCUCUGUUUCCCUCAUUAUAUAGCCUUACCUGUGUCCAUAACUGUUAUAUUUACUUUACUUUUAUAUUUACACUCUCUCAGUGACGUGAAUCCUACAAAUGCUCCCCAACCACCUCAGCAAUGGUGCCUAGUGUGCUAGUGAGUAGCUUCAGUCCUUCCUCCAGUGUGUUCUCCUCCUGGUGGGUUUAAAUGUCAGCUCUUGGGGAGUGGAGGUUGCGCUGACCCGUGGAGGCCUCCAUCUUAUCUCAUCAACUGCUAUUAUUCUGCUGGGGAAGGUGAACGAGGGGCCGCUCGGAUGGUGCCAGUGCUCCGCUAACCUGCCGCUCUGCUCUGACAAACGGACCAGCCCGGCUUCCUCAGCUCCACUACAGAGUGGAUGCAUACCGAGCCGUCCAGCUCUGCGUGUGUGUGUGUGUGUGCGUGUGUGUGUCUCUUUCUUCACAUUUUCUGUAGGAAAUGGCUGAAAUGAUUGUCCGUGCUGAACACUUCUGAGUAGAAGGUACAUGUAGCAUUGCCUGCCCGCUGUAAAUGCAGUGACCUGUGUGUGUGUGUGUGUGUGUGUGUGUGUGUGUCUGUGUGUGUGUGUCUCUGUGUGUGUCAGUCAAGCUUCCUCUGUGUGCAUGGAAGGGCUCUCUAUGUUUCCUGACUUGACCAAAUAGCCUCGACAGGACACUGAACAAGAACGCUGCUUCCAUCUCCAGAACAACCACCAACUUGCUUCCAUUGAUUGGCAAGGAAUUGUACGUGUUUGUAAUUUUGCAUAUUUGAUACCCUUCAUUGGAGAGUUAUUGGGGGGGGGAAAGUGAAACCUUGUCUCAGUCUUACCUGAUCCUCAUUUUGAUAUGUACCAAGCUGCUGUUGUAAAAGUACUGAAAUGACCUUGUGAUGUCACCCAGCAUUUGCCUUUGUUUUUGUCUGUGCUUUGUUGCCUUUUCCGUCCUUUCCCUGCAGCAUAUAAUGCCUUGUCUCAAGUGUUUUGUUCUGAAUGGUUGUACAAAUCAUUUUCCUGGGUGUCUGAUUGUGACAUAGUUCUGCCAUUUUGAAAAUGUAAAUAUAUACAUAUAAAUGUAUUUUUUAUUAAAAUGACUAUUUUUUAUCUUUUUUA